GCACACCUUCAAACACAUACAGAAGGCGGAGAGAAACUAAAGAAGGAAGAGGACGAAUGAGAAUGAUAUUGUAGAGUUAGGAGAACGAGAUUGCGGUGUAGAGACUCCGUUCUUGUUCUCUGCGAGUUGGGAAACAGAGACAGAGAGAGAGAGAGAGAGAGACUCUGGGACAGGCUAUCAACGGUGGCGAAUCCUAGAAGCCUUCGUUCGUUUUUCUCGUCGGUGUUGUCGAGCCGUUUCUGGAAGAGCUGCCAACAAGAAGCAGGAGGAGAAGGAGAAGGAGGAGAUAAAGAAGAAGAAGGCUUGAUGGAGUCAAGGCAUCUGCAGGCUCCUGUGGCAACUCUGCAGCAGAGAGGUGCUGCUGCUUCACCAGGCAGAAAGCAGAAAGCGGCCGCAGGAGGUGACGAAAAGAACCGGAGAGCGCUUGGAGACAUCGGAAAUCGUGUUAACUUUCGAGAUGUCGACGGAAAAGUGCAGUCUCAGAUUUCUCUCCCUGUGGCUAGAUUUGCUGCUCAAGUGUUGGAGAAUGCACAACCUGCCGAACCUGAUAAGAAGCCAGCAUUUGUAGCUGCCAAUGUAAGAGGAAAAGAAGGUGCGAAAGCUGCGAAGCAGAAGGCUGCAGUCAAGCCAAAAACUGAGGAAGUAAUUGAAAUCAGUUCAGGAGAUGAAGGUGCAAAAGCUGCUGAGCAGAAGGUCUCAGUAAACCUCAAAACAGAGGAAGUAAUUGAGAUCAGUUCAGGAAAUGGUGAUAGGAGAACUUCCAGGAAGAAGGUUCACACCCUCACUUCAGUACUUACUGCUCGAAGCAAGGUUGCUUGUGAAGUCGUCCAUAAACCAAACAAUCUGGCACACGAUAUUGAUGAGUUGGAUGCAGACGAUGAGUUAGCUGUUGUCGAUUAUGUGGAAGACAUAUAUAGCUUCUACAGAUUCGCUGAGAGAUACAGCAGACCUCGUGAUUACAUGGGUUCCCAGGUCGAGAUCAAUGCGAAGAUGAGAUCGAUUCUUGCCGACUGGCUGACUGAAGUGCACCGCAAGUUUGAGCUGAUGCCCGAGACACUAUACCUAACGUUCUACAUAGUCGAUGCAUACCUCUCGAUGGAAACUGUUCCGAGGAGGGAGUUGCAGCUUGUGGGGGUGAGCUCCAUGCUCGUCGCCUGCAAAUAUGAGGAGAUAUGGGCUCCUCAGGUUAAUGACUUCAUCUACAUUUCCGACCGCGCAUAUGGCAGAGAGCAGAUCCUGGCGACAGAGAAAGCAAUCUUGAACAAGCUUGAAUGGAACCUUACUGUUCCCACGCCGUAUGUUUUCCUUGUGCGUUUUCUCAAGGCGGCCAUGUCCGAUAAGGAGAUGGAGAACAUGGCAUUUUUCUUCGCGGAGUUGGGUUUGAUGCACUACUCGAUGGUCAUCAAGCAUCGCCCGUCCAUGCUCGCUGCCUCGGCGGUCUACGCCGCACGGUGGACGCUGGAGAGGAGCCCCCGGUGGACCGAGACGCUCGAGCGGCACACGGGAUACGAUGAGCUGCAGUUGGGGGACUGCGCGCAGCAUUUGCUGAGCUUCCAUGCGUCGGCCGCCGAGAGCAAGCUCAGAGCCGUCUACAACAAGUACUCCAGCUCGCGACGAGGAGCUGUCGCGUUGCGUUCUCCCGCUACGAAGCCGCUUUGAGGAGUUGAAGUCCUACUUCAUUGGAGUUUUGCUCUGGUUUGCUGCAUUGUUUGUGGAUUCUGCGCAAAGAUCUGUUUUUUAUGUGAAGUAGUAGCAUUGUAAAGCUACACUUGAUGAACAUCACUGUCCUUUAUUUGGUGAAUUAAGCAAGUGUUGCUCAAAUUGUAUCACAUUAUAAACAUUACUACGUCUUUUUCGUGUUUCCCCCUACCUUUAAAUUCUGUACAUAGAUAGAUCAUUCACAGCAUUAACUUCUUUGUUGCAGCCACAUGUGCUGAGACCAUUCAGACAUUACAGGCCGAGGACAUCAAGGAAUUUAUGAUCAACAAAGUCAAAAAGCAAUCAGCUGUGCUGCAGAACACUUCAUUAAACAAUGCAGACCUCAAGCAGGCACUGAGGAGAGCCUGUCCGAGAGCAGGCACAAGAGAUAAUGCCAUCAACGAAAGCCUUGAUUGCCAUGCCAUGAUUUAGGCUUUGGAUCUUAGUACUGUUGAUGCAUCCAAAUGUGUGAGAGCAUGGGAAAGCGUUUGAUUCUCUCAAGAAGCAGGCUUGAGGAAGGAUGUGGGCCAGUCAUCAUUCCACUGGUAUUAGGUCUGUUUUGUCACUAUCCAGCUUAGAGGUGGGGAAGAUUGAAGGUGUGUCGUAACCUGCUGCUUUCUUCCCUUUUGUUAUUAUGAGUUCUGAUGCAGAUGUCAAAGAAGAAAUAAGUAUGAUGCCCAGUGCACAUGCACGCACACUGAUGCUGUCACUCCCAUCGUCAGAUUUCUUCACCUCUUUUCCCACAUAAACU